UCCAUGACAACACUGACUCUGCAAGCAUUUAUUUUCACAUUACUGUUUCUGUUCAUUUCCUAUUCUAAAUCCUAUAGCGAUGUAGUUGAACACAUAAUGAGGGGAGAGAGAUAGAGUAAUAAAAAAAUGCAGGAUUUGUCAAGUGGACGAGGAUAAUAUACGUCACAUUUGUUUACUGGUAAACAGUGAAGGGAAAAUACUGAAACUGCAUGUGCUGUUGUCAUCUGAAUUUCAUCUGAACUAACAUACGUAUUUGAGUGGCUCACAUGGCCAGCACAGAAAUAUGACAAUCUGUCAGCACAAAUCCAUGCUGCAUUGCACACGGAAUGGACUCCAAUGGUGAUGAAAAUCAGGAAUGGACAGAGGACCAAUGGGAGAAAUGGCUGACUCAUGACAUCGGUUUGGAUGAAUUCGAAGAUGAGGAUCUGUCAGAAAUAACAGAAAUCACUGAUGAGUUUGUGCUCAGGGGGCGCAGCUGCUACAUCAAAGAUCAUGUGAAGAAGGCGCCCAGUAGUGGUCUGGAGGAGAUGGAGGCGGGAGCAGUGGCUCAGAUCCAGUCAGAGGAACAGCCCAUACAUCUCAUUGACGCUGUGGACAGGACUCAGAGAGGGGCCUGUCAACACGACAGCAAAGCACCUGCUAUGGAUUCACCUGCUCUUCCUGUCACCAUGGAUACCUACCGUCCAAAAAGACCCACCACUCUCAACUUAUUCCCGCAGGUACCCCGCACGCAGGACACUUUAAACAACAACUCAUUUGCAAAGAAGUUCAGUUGGCAGGAGAAAAUCUCUCAGUCCUCAUCGCCCCUAAAAACAGGAGAGUUGACGCCAUCUCGCGAGCACAUCUGUCUGAGUGAUGACGAGAAGCUCCAGCAGCUCAGCAGUGGAAGUCGAGUUCAUCUGAAAGACUGUGGCACCUCGACUGACAAGCCACCCAUCAGCUACUCCUCCAAAAAGACUCUUUCUUCUGCCCCACCUUGUAAAGCCAGCGUUCACCGAGAGGCAGGCCACUGCGAGCGGAUUCGUUACCACAACGAUGUUCGUCUUGAAGCUACAGAAGAAAUAUAUCUGACACCAAUACAGCGCUGCACAGAGGCUGUGGAACACGAGAGAACCUCUGCGCUCACCCAGGUCAUCGAGCAAAGGCCGACGUCUGACAAUGAAGCACCACCACCGUAUGAGCCCCCUUUCCAUGAGCAGAUGAUUCCCUCUGUCAGAGAACAAGAGGAGAUGCUUCAACCGCCUUCGUAUUCCUCAUGCGUGGAAGCGUUGGCAACUCGAGAUCCUGACAGCAGUGGUGAAGAAGUCAUCGGAGAUCUGUGUUACAGAGAUUGUGGUGCUGGAGAGACUCAUGCGCCUCACGAGAGCAUGCCAGGACCUCUGAUACACUCCGGUACACUUCGGACGUCUGUGAGCAACUCGGAUGCAAGUGGACUGUCCUAUGAUUCUGUGAAGUACACAUUGGUUGUGGACGAACACGAUCAGUUGGAGCUGGUCAGCUUGAAACAGUGUUACCGUGGCUACAGCAAUGACAGCGAUUCUGCGACGCUCUACGAUAACUGCGUGUCCUCUCCGUACGAGUCGGCGCUAGAGAAAGAGGAUGAGGAUGAAGAGGAUGAGGAUGAAGUCAAGGGAAGAAAACCAUGUGGGAUCCAAUGCAAAGCUUCAAGCUGCCCUUCAGAGGACUCCACACAUGAAGCCGACAUUCAAUUUUCUCGGAAAUUUGUUAAUGUUUUCAUGAACGGCUACUCACGCUCUUCCAGUACAGAAUCGUUUGGUUUAUUUUCUUGCACAAUUAAUGGGCAGGAGAGGGAACAGACACACAGAGCUGUCUACAGAUUUGUUCCUCGUCAUGAAGACGAGCUGGAGCUGGAUGUUAAUGACCCUCUGUUGGUGGAGGUAGAGGAUGAGGAUUAUUGGUAUGAAGGCUACAACAUGAGAACAGGAGCACGCGGCAUCUUUCCUGCUUAUUACGCCAUUGAGGUCUUCAAGGAGCCAGAGCAUUUAAAAGUAAUAAGUUCUCAGUGGGUUCAGCAGUACAGACUGAAAUUUCUUGGCUCGGUCCAAGUGUUGCAUCACAAAGGCAGUGAUGUGCUGUGUGCAGCUAUGCAGAAGAUCGCGAUCAACAGGAGGCUGAUGGUACACUAUAAUCCACCUUCAUCUUGUGUGCUGGAGAUUAAUGUCAAGGGACUGAAGCUCACAGUGCAGGACGAUUAUGUAAGAAGCCGCCAGUUUAGUCACUUUUUUCAUUUGAAAAAUGUGUCAUUUUGUGGCUACCAUCCCAAAAACAGAAAGUAUUUUGGUUUCAUCACAAAACACCCCUCUGAUGAGCGAUUCGCCUGUCACGUGUUUGUGUCUGAGAACUCCACUAAACCGCUGGCAGAGUCUGUGAGGAAGGCGUUCCACUUAUACUACAAAGAGUUCGUGGAGGUCACGUGUCCCACUGAAGAUAUCUACCUGGAAUAAACACCAUCACCUCCCCACUGCAAUGAGCUGCACAGCGAUGUAUAUAAUAACUACACUACAGGAAUAUAUGAGACAUAAUAUCAGAAGUUAAUCAAAGACUAAUAUGAGGAAGAGAGAUUAUAUGCACUUAUGAAUUGAUGGAUUUAAGGAAUUUAUCCUCUGAUCAAGGCACAAGAACUUCAGGAGAACUAAAAAAGAAAUAUGAUACGAUGUUAAAGAGGUUAUUUCCCAGAAUGCCGAGGAUUUCCGAAUGGUUUGCGAGAGUGAUUUUACUGCUUUUGCUCGCGUGUGUUGUGGCUCUGUAUUUGCUUCAAGCUUAACAUAUCGAGAUUUUUAAUAGCACAAAAUACACUGUGUAAAACACUACAAAACUCAUUAAUGUUAACCAGUUGAGAUAGUCGAACCAAAACCAUCUUGUGAUGUCUACGGUACUUUACAGGUUUACCAGCAUAAAUCAUUUCUGCCUGUAAAUGUACAACCGAUUUAUGUCCAUGAUUAUUAUUUUGAAAUGCCGAAAAACUUUUUCUGCUCUAGUUGGUCACCAAAUAAAAAGAUUUAAUAAAUAAAUAAUACUUAUAUAUAUAUAUAUAUUAUAUAUUGUGACAUGAUUAAGAAGUAUUUAAAAUUCGGCUCUAUUUCUAGGUCACUAAUGCAUUAAUGCACGCUGUCAUUAAAAGAAUAUUCCGGGUUUAAUACAAGUUAAGCUUAAUUUGUGGAAUAAUGUUAAAUAACCAAAAAUACAGGGGGUCUGGGUACCUCAGCAAGUAUUGACGCUGACUAUCAACCCUGGAGUCGUGAGUUUUAAUCCAAGGCGUGCUGAGUGACUCCAGCCAGGUCUCCUAAGCAACCAAAUUGGCCCGGUUGCUAGGGAGGAUAGCGUCACAUGGGGUAACCUCCUCGUGGUCGUGAUUAGUGGUUCUCGCUCUCAAUGGGGCGUGUGGUGAGUUGUGCGUGGAUUGCGAAGAUUGGAUGAGUCUCCACAUGCUGUGAGUCUCCGCUGUGUCAUGCACAACGAGUCACGUGAUAAGAUGUGCAGAUUGACGGUCUCAGAAGCGGAGGCAACUGAGACUUGUCCUCCACCACCCGGAUUGAGGCGAGUAACCGCACCACGAGGACCUACUAAGUAGUGGGAACCCGGAAUACUCCUUUAAGACUCUUCAAUAUUUUGGUACCUAAACGAAAUAAGCUCAUUUGUGACAUGUGUCAAUGCUCAAUAUACAUGUUUUCACAGGUGGAUUCAGAUUUUGAAUGGCGGAUAUACUGAAUAAUUCAGGAAAUACAUCAUUCAAAUACAAGUCUCAAAUAUCACCACAUGCUAACAGGUGUAAAGCAAUUUUCCUUUAUCGUGUUACUGUGUGCAUGGUCAAGUAUCAGAUCAAGUCAUUUACAGUUGCCGCUUACGUCCCUCUCCCAUUCAUAAUUACAAUGGUAAUUGUUACCAAAUCCAGAAGACACCACAGUGCCAUGAAGUUCCCUCUGAAACUCUGAGUGACUCGGAGUAAUACAUGUUCUCCAGUAGAGAUGCCUCUUCACCGUUGAGCUGUGUGAGGUCACCAGAGACUCUUAUCCUGAGGUCAUUCUUGUAAAAGCAAGUUUUGAGCUUGAGUUAUGUGCAAAUAAUGUGUGCUCAUUAAAGGCUUGUUC